AUGAUGUCAACAGAAGUGGAGGCUGAUAGGAGUGCAGAGGACACAGUGCUGAACAGGCCCAAUGAUGAUGCGGAAACACCGGCCAGCCUAUAUACGAUAGAGGAGCAAAGGCCAGUAAAACAGUCCCUGAGCGCAUCUAUGCGACGUGAUACACACUGGCGCUGUCUCCUCCUCUCCUUGCUCAUGUACAGCUGCCUUGGAACUGUUGCCUGGUGCCAGUUCACUCGUGUCACCAAGCUAAACUUUUACUCAUCCAGUACUUCAUCCCUGACUGCCUCAGUAAACUCGGUGCGAGGUGCAGGAGGGCGCUCCAUGAUAUAUCAUGAAAGCCCCUGCUCUGACGGAUACUUCUACAUCCCAAUUGCCUUUCUGUUAAUGCUCUAUGCAGUCUACCUAAUGGAGUGCUGGCACUGCCGUGCCCGCAGUGAGCUCCAGUACAAGGCCAAUGUUGACAGUGUCUAUGAAAGGGUGUUACGCAUGCGUCAGGCUCAGCCAUGUGUGUGGUGGAAGGCUAUUGGCUACCAUUUUGUACGGAGGACCCGGCAAGUUACACGCUAUCGGAAUGGAGAUGCCUACACCACCACGCAGGUCUACCAUGAGCGGGUCAACACACAAGUGGUAGAAAGUGAGUUUGACUACAGUAAUUGUGGAGUAAAGGACAUUUCACGGGACUUACGUGGCCUGGAGAGUCAUCCAGCUACAAGGUUACGAUUCACAAAGUGCUUCAGUUUUGCAGGACCAGGUCCCGAAAAUGCUUAUCUCAACCAACGGUCUAGAUUCUUCUCAGAGAUUGAGGGCUUGGAUGACUACAUGGAGGCACGGGAAGGCAUGCAGCUCAAAAAUGUUGAUUUCAGAGAACACCUUAUAGCCUAUGUGGAUCCUGACCAGUUACCCUGGUACUCUUCUCAGGUUGCCUUUUGGUUGGCUGCCAUACUCAUGCUAUCCUGGCCCUUGCGGGUUUGGAUAGAGUAUCGGACAGCCUAUGUACACUACCAGGUAGAAAAGCUGUUCGGGCUAGAGUACAACAACAGUAGCCCUUCUACAGAUGAGCUCCCGUCUACAAGGAAUAGUCAUUGUACUAUCCCAAGAGGGGAAACUGUAGACAGCACAGAGCUGGAAUGGCAUAUUCGCUCAAACCGCCAGCUUAUCCCUAGUUACUCUGAAGCCAUGUUGUUGAACCUGGGGAACUCUAGGCCAGGACAAGGUGACACUAGAGUAUCGGACGGAUUUCUGUUAGAUGACUCCUUAACCCAGAGCUAUGGCACCAUGGUGCAAGACUGUGAUCGUUGCUGCCAGCCUGAAGGAACGCAUUGGGCUAGAACCAGUUCAAGCUGCUCCUCCAUCUUCUCUCGGCACACUUUCCAUUCAUGCGUGUCUCAAGACACCUCCCGCUUUUCACUGUGCCGAAUGUAUGGAUCUAGGCACACGGUGGGGCUAUGGAGGAGUCGUAGCAGCACACUGACUGAACGCUGCUGCCUCGAAGAACAGUGUUGCAGGUCAUACUCCAGCCAACUAGCACUCAAUAACAGCCCACCCAACUACCAGGAUGCCCGCUUCUUCCCUGUCCUUAUUGUACACAGGACAGAGGGAUGCGAAGAUCCUUCAGAAGUGAGAAGAUACUAUGUUCGAAGAAACUCUCUCUGUUUGGAGACUGCUCUUUAA